AUGGACGACCUCUUCGGCGUUUUCGAAGAGCAGCCGCGCGCUUUUAAAAAGCGGAAGGCGGAAACCGAAGUUGCAGCCAAAGAUGAAGGCCACGGGGAUGAGACCGCCUCCCACGACGAGGAAAUGCCCGCUGCAGAUGAUGGGGAAGAGGCACAGAUGCACAGCGAACACAAACGGCGAAAGAAGCAGGCCGAAGCUGAGCCUGUUUUGGCCGACUCCUUCCAAACUGCCGCGUCGCGAGAGGUUACCGCGGCCCAGGGCUUUGAAGGGCCGAAGGAAGGAGAAAAGCCUCUGGUUCUAUCGCACAAUAUUCAGCAUCAGGUCGCGCUUCCGCCUGAUUUGGACUACGAGUACAUUCCGCUCUCGGAACACAAUGCGCCCGCGGAGCCUGCGCGGACAUACCCUUUCAAACUUGAUCCCUUCCAGAGUAUCUCGAUAGCCUCCAUUCAGCGCGAUGAAAGCGUGCUUGUUUCGGCACAUACCAGUGCCGGAAAGACGGUCGUUGCCGAGUACGCCAUUGCACAGUGUCUGGCGAGGAACCAGAGGGUCAUCUACACAAGUCCGAUCAAAGCUCUGAGCAACCAAAAGUUCAGAGACUUCCAGGCCGAGUUUGGCGACGUUGGUCUCAUGACUGGCGAUGUCACCAUCAACCCGACCGCCAGUUGCCUGGUCAUGACCACCGAGAUUCUCCGAUCUAUGCUGUACCGGGGCUCUGAGAUCAUGCGCGAGGUCGCCUGGGUCAUUUUCGACGAAAUUCACUACAUGCGGGAUAAGACCCGAGGCGUGGUCUGGGAGGAAACGAUUAUCUUGCUGCCGGAUAAGGUGCGCUAUGUGUUCCUCUCAGCCACGAUCCCAAACGCCUUCCAGUUCGCCGAGUGGAUUGCCAAGAUCCACCGACAAGCCUGCCACGUCGUUUAUACCGAUUUCCGACCGACACCACUGCAAAACUACUUCUUCCCGGCUGGCGGCAAGGGCAUUUUCUUGAUCGUCGACGAGAGGGGUAAUUUCAAGGAGUCCAAUUUCAACCAUGCCAUGGCCAUGAUCGAAGCCAAUAAGGGCUCAGACCCCGCUGACUGGAACGCAAAACAGAAGGGCAAAGGCAAAAACAAGAAGACCAACAAGGGACAGGUGACAAACGAAGCCUCCGACAUUAGCAAGAUCAUUCGCAUGAUUGUCAAGAAGCAAUUCCAGCCCGUUAUUGUUUUCAACUUCAGCAAGAGGGACUGCGAGCAAAUGGCGUUAAAAACCACGUCCAUGAAGUUCAACACACCAAACGAAGAGGAAAUGGUCAAGACCGUGUUUGCGAAUGCACUGACGCAGCUUUCUGACGACGACAAGAACCUGCCCCAGAUCACCCACAUUCUUCCUUUGCUCCAAAAGGGCAUCGGUGUCCAUCACUCUGGGCUCUUGCCCAUCCUUAAGGAGACUAUCGAGAUCCUUUUCCAAGAGGGUCUGAUCAAGGUUCUGUUCGCGACCGAGACGUUCUCCAUCGGGUUGAAUAUGCCGGCUAGGACUGUAGUGUUCACACAGGUCACGAAAUUCGAUGGCGUGUCAUUACGACCCCUUACCUCCUCCGAGUACGUUCAAAUGGCCGGAAGAGCAGGUCGCCGUGGUCUCGACGACCGAGGUAUUGUCAUCAUGAUGGUGGAUGACAAGCUCGAGCCCGAUACGGCGAGGGCCAUUGUCGUUGGCCAACAAGACCGAUUGAACUCUGCGUUCCACCUUGGGUACAACAUGGUUUUGAACCUGCUGCGCAUUGAGGCAAUCUCGCCCGAGUACAUGUUGGAGAGGUGCUUUUACCAGUUUCAAAAUGCUGCCAGCGUGCCGCAGUUGGAGAAGGAACUCGGCGUCCUGACCCACGAGAGGGACAGCAUGAUCAUUCCAGAUGAGAGCACGGUCAAGGAGUACUACGGCCUUCGGAAACAACUCGAGGCCUAUAACAAGGACUUUUUGGCCGUUAUACAGCACCCCAACUACUGCCUCGAGUUUCUUCAACCCGGCCGUCUCGUCAACAUCAAGAACCCCAGUGGAACCGAAUACGGGUGGGGUGUAGUAAUGAACUUUGUUGCCCGCAGCGCCCAAAAACCUGGAGAGACGCCCUACGCACCACAGGAGACCUACUUCAUAGAUGUUCUGCUCAAGAUCUCAGCUGAUAGCAAGGAUUUCGAGUCAAACAUCAAGGCCAACGAAGCGAUGCCCGACGGUGUCUUGCCGGAGGAGGAAGGGGACAAGACCAAGUGGGAAGUUGUUCCGUGUCUUCUGUCAUGCAUCAAGUCCCUCAGCCAGCUCCGCUUGUUCCUCCCUGAGAAGGUCGAAUCUAGACAGGAGCUUCAAGCAGUUGGUUCGUCGGUCAACGAAGUGAGCAGGCGGUUUUCGGACGGAAUACCAAUUCUGGAUCCCAUCGAGAACAUGGGUAUUGUCGAUGAAUCCUUCAAGAAACUCCUCCGCAAAAUUGAGGUUCUCGAGUCACGCCUCGUGACGAACCCCUUACACAACUCUCCACUUCUCCCAGACCUGUGGCAGCAAUACUCGGACAAAGUUGCCAUCGUGGAGAAGAUCAAAGAGAAGAAGAAGGAGAUCGCCAAGGCGCACAGCAUUACCCAGCUCGACGAGCUCAAGUCGAGAAAGCGCGUGCUGCGCAGGUUAGGCUUCAUCAAUGAGGCCGAGGUGGUAGAGAUGAAGGCGCGCGUGGCUUGUGAGAUAUCUUCCACCGAGGGCCACGAGCUGCUUCUGGCCGAGCUUCUUUUCAACCGAUUCUUCAACGAGCUCACCCCAGAAGUAUGCGCGGCUAUCCUGAGCUGCUUUAUCUUUGACGAGAAAGUAGAUACGAACUCCCCCAAGGAGGACCUGGCCAAGCCCUUCCGGGAAAUCCAGGCCCAGGCGAGAGUCAUUGCCAAGGUCAGCGCCGAGAGCAAGCUCGAGGUUAACGAGGAAGAAUACGUGCAGAGCCUUAAAUGGCAGCUCAUGGACACAGUCCUUGCGUGGGCCCAGGGAAAGCCAUUUUCGGAAAUUUGUAAAAUGACAAAUGUCUACGAGGGGUCUCUAAUCCGGCUCUUCCGCCGACUUGAGGAGCUAAUCCGCCAGAUGGCUGAAGCAGCUAAAGUCAUGGGCAGCCAAGAUCUCCAAGAUAAGUUCGACGCCACUCUGAAAACGAUCAAGCGUGAUAUUGUCUCGUUCAACAGCCUCUAUCUCUAA